AAUCUAGAAAUACAUAUAAGCACAAUACAUUUUUUAAAAUAUUUUAGGUUCAUUUGUAAGUGUUGAUGAGCUGAUGGUUAACAGUAAUAAUAAAGUGUUGAAUACACCAACUGAGAGAUCACCAACUACAAUGUAUUCUCCAAAAUCAUGGAAGUGGAAUACCAUUAAUCAAUCUAAUAUUGAAGAUUCAUUGGUAAAAGUUGAUGAGACGGUUUACACUACACCAGUAAAACAAAAACCAUUAAGCACAAACCAAGAAUUUGAAGGGAAUAAUAUCUACUCAAUUUCACCUGAAACAAUUAAAGUAUUAACACCAAAAAUAAAGUACAGUAACAAUAAAGAGAUUCAGACUCCAGAUUUUUCAAUAUUUGACAAAACACCACCAACGAUAUCACCAGCUACGAAAAAGUAUGUAUCACAAUUGAUUGAAUUGCCAAGUCCACUAAAUAAAGUAAAAAAUACUAACAUGGUUGAAAUAUAUGAAACCAAAAAACUUUUGCGUGAAAAUAAUAUUUUACAAAAAAAAGUAAACAAUCUAAAAAAAUUACUUAAAAUGGAACGCACCACAAUUGGUUCAUUAAAAAAAAUACAUAAAAAAAAAAAUAUACAUAAUAAUAAACCAAUUAAUGUACAUAGUAUUUUUGAGGAAUUAAAAUUUUCCUCAGAAAAUUCUAAAAGUGUUGUAUCUAUGCAAUUAUUACACAAAAAGCGUAAGAAAUGGUUAAUUAACGAAAAAAAAAUUGCAUUAUCAUUGUACUAUAAGUCUCCUGCAACGUAUAAAUUUAUGCGUAAAAAUGAUAUAAUAUUACCUGGCGAGAGUACCAUUAGACGUUGGUUGAACUCCAUUAAUUAUUCAACCGGAUUUCCUCCAAAAUACAUGGAACAAAUUAAAUUAAAGAUUUCUGGAAUAAAAGGUAAUGAAAAAAAAUGUGCGAUUUAG